AACAAAUCGGCUGGCAGUGAUUUCUUUUCACACUCACUGAGCACAAACCAACACUUUAAUCUAGCUUCCAGGCGAGAUGGACAUGAACAAUGUGAGGCGCGUCUCCUCUGCGGGAUACCGGUUACCGGAGCGAGCCAGGCCGAAAACCACCGAGCCUCCAGCGGACCGGGACCGGGGCCGCCUCGGGACAGGAGCCGCGGGGCCCGGGGAGAGGAACCCAGAGAGGAGAGACCCCGUGAAGCAGGACCAGGUGUGGAAGGAGCUGGUGUGGGGGGAGAGGAGAGGAGUGCGGGAAUGGGAGAAGAACUGGAAUUUCCUCAAGGACUAUGAUCAGAUGGGGCGGCUGAAGCCAGAGGAGCCCUUACCCAGCAACGUGCCCCUCUUCUCUGAUCGCGUCCCCAACACCACCAACCAGAUGUUUGGCAGCAGGCUGUCCACUCCUCUGGGCAGCAAUCUGGUCCAACUGGACCGGCUGCUGCUCUGGUCUGGAAGCAACCACCGCCGCAAGCUGGACCCAGAGAUGCUGCCCUGCUAGAGCUCUGAAGACCAGACUCCUGUCAGCAGGACCUGUGCCCAUCAGAGCCAGACCGCACUGUCAUGAUGUAGGGCUAAGAUGGGUUGACAUGGUGUAGCACAAACCUUAGUAAGAUACAGACUUUGAAGUAUCAGGUGGAAGCUAGGACUAGUGAGAUGAUUUUGCCGUCCUACAUCUGCUAAUUUACCAGUUAUAUCAUCCAAUGAUCAUACAGAAGUAUAUUCAUUUAUUCAUCGGUUUAGCAAAAUGUUCCAUAAGACAGAGGAUAGAAGUUUAUGUUGAAGGCCUUUGCUCAGCGGUGAGGUGAAAAGGGAUAUUUGAUUCAUGUCAUUGGAGCUUGAUCGGGUGUUUGAUCCGACACUUGAUAAUUGAACCAGACACCUGAUCAAAUUUGGAUGAGUAAAGGGUUGUAUCACCACCUCAUUACCUCCUUCUCUGUGCACUCAAACAGUGCUGCAGUGACAAAAAAAGAAUAUGGAAAAACAAAUUCUAGCCAAGAGUUUAGAAACCUAAAAUGGGAGUAUUUUUUGCAGAUGCUAUAAGCCCAUAAUAUAUUUUGUUGUGCUUUUCUUUCAUUUUCAAUUUAAAAUGCCUUAAAAAGCUGUUACAUUGUAAUAUGUUUGCCAGGACCUUUAAGCCAUUGUUCCAUACUGGACGCAUAUUCAUUUAUUUUGUGUGCUUUUCAUAAGGAUAUAGCUUUCACUGACUCUGCACCUUAUGUGUUGUAGCUGCUUUAAAAUGCCUUUAUGUAUAUUGUUAUAAAUCACUGACCUUUAUAGAUUUGGAGAAAAAUGUUGUUGAAUUUGAAAAGCUUGUUUGAUCUGGAUUGGUUUCAAUGUGUCAUUGCAAUAAAGCUUUUGCAUGUUAA